UUACGCCUCUGCGAAGGAAAGGGAAGGGUUCUGCGGAAGGCGAAGUUAGCUUUGGGGAAAUAAAGCACGAUAGAAACAUGUCUAAAUCAUCAUCAGCACGAGAAUUUAGAAAAGUGGAUGUUGAUAAAUUUGAUGAAGAUGUAUUCCAGGAUGAUCAAGCCGAAGAAGUGCAAGAUCAAGGACCGAGCGAAGGAGACAUUCAACAGUUACUCAUGUCUAAGAAAAAUAAUGAAGCACUGAAGUUAUUACUUGAACAAGCUCCUGCCGGCUCAAAAAAUAAGGAAAGAAAGGACAAAGCAUUUGAUCUGAUAAUAAGAGUCCUAACAGCCUACAAAUCAUCAGAGGUUGAGGCUGCAGCAAAAAGCCUCAAUUUUCAUGAGAUAGAUGUUCUGAUGAAAUACAUUUACAGGGGAUUUUCAGAACCAAGUGAUAGCUAUUGUGCAUCAUUGUUAACUUGGCAUGACAAGCUUGUUGCUCAUGGUGGACAUGGCAGCAUCAUUCGAGUACUUGCUGACCGGAAGACUGUCUGAAUGUCUUGGAAAAUAGACUUCCAAAAAUUAUAUUUCCAUAAAAAUUUUAUCUGGUAAAUGACUUUGGAAGACUUGAUUAUUAUGUAAAUUCAAAACCACAGGACACAUCAGUUUUUUAUAUUACCUGUUUUGUCAUUUGCAUUGUUUCAUUGUUUUGUUGGUAGCCCUGAAUAACCAUAUCCUUGAAAAAUUAAAAUGAAGGACUUGCAACAAAAGCAAAUGGAAUGAUUUCUAAUAUUUCUCACCUCUGUAAUGAAGAACAAGAAUUGUUCAUCUAAACCUUCUUUCAUAAUAAGCAUCACUGAAUUACAAUAUUUAUUAUAGGUUUCCUGAUGGUUGUACACAAGUUAGUCUAGGGACAUAAAUUAUGAUAUAUUAAGAGAAUUUGAUUACAACUUAGUUACAACUAAGAUGUUCUGUUCUCCACACCUAAAUCUUCAAAAAUUGCUCAACAUACCUGUGUAUGUAUCUCACUCCAGAAUUACACCAUCUGCCUUUUAACAACCAAAAGUAGCACAAAAAUCAUCAUCCUUUUGGUGGCCUUAGAUUUUACUGGUCUAGCAUUUUUGGACUUUCUUCAAAUUGAAAGAAUCAGAAGUAACUUUAACUGGACAUAAAAAAUCACAUACAAAUAUUUGUGUUACUUUCAAAAGCAAAAAUGAGUAUUCAAACAAGAAAAUAAAACAACAUUCCAAGUUCUAAUCAUUAAGCUGACAAACGUUGCAUUCAGCAGACUGCUUAUACAAUGAACAUUUUCUUGUUCAGUGGUUACUUGCCUGAUGAUUGUAAUAAACAUGAAACUCAGAGUAGCAACUUAGAACUGUCCUGUUCUUUACACCAAAUAGUGUGUAUAGCUCUGUCUAUAUGGUAUCAAGCAAUUUUCAUUUUUUAUAGAGAUUAAAUAAUUUUACACUAGGAGGUAUUUUAUUUUCAUGCAAGGCAGUAAACCGCCCAGAAAAGUGAGACAGCAUUUUUGUAGAAGCCUGAUAUUCAGCAUAAGAAUUAUGAGCAAGCCAGACAUUGCAACCACCCCCACCCAACCCUUGUAAUUGCAACCACAGUAAUAGGAACAAUAGAAAUAAUUAGCUGGAGAAAAAAUCUUAUGCAAUAAGUAUUAUAAUUUAGACAGGUAUGUAGACUUUUUUGUGGGGUAGAUCAAAGAAUGAUUAGUUGCGUUGUGAAUAUGACUUCAUGGUGAUCUGGA